AUGAACGUAAACCCCCACCUCCAAUACUUGCAGCAGCAACACAAUCAAGACCUGCAGCCGUCCCAGGGCCAGGUUCUGCAAUUGAUGCAGCAGCAGCGCCAGAUGAGACAGCACAUGCUCCAGCAGAACCAGAACCAAGGCCAAAAUCAACAAAACCAGAACCAACAAGGGCAGAACCAACAAGGUCUGGGCCAAGGUCUGGCCAUGCCCGGCCAGAACGUGGCGGGCCUCUCGCUCAAUCCCUUGUUGUCUGUUUUGAACGGAGGAAAUGCCCAGAACGGAAACAAUUCCAACGGAACAUCUGGUUUUAACCAGAACGUAAAUCCAUUGUUACAGAUGCAGUUGCAACAAUUGCAACAGCAGCAGCAACAGCAGCAGCAGUCUCAACAGUCCCAACAACAACAGCAGCAGCAACAACAACAACAGCAGCAGCAGCAGCAACAGCCUCAAAGGCCUCAGCAACAGCAGAGAUUUUCUAAUCCAGCUUUACACCAACAAAUCCCUGCGCAAGCGCUGCCCCACCCUAUGCACCUCCAGCUUCCAACGCAGCAAAAGGUGCCUAUCAUCAAGGAGGUGUGGAACUACAAUGUAGAGUUUGAGUUCAAUGCGUUGCGCAAUUUUAUCAACGACAAAACCGCCAAAGUGUACAUCUCUAUCCAUCAGGAGAUUCCUGGUAUUGUGGCGCGUCCGGUGGGAACGUUCAAAACUUCGUCUGACUACCACUUUCAGACGUUGCGUUCCAAUUCAGAUCUCCUCAACAUAAUCCAAUUAUCUCUUUGUGCCGUCAAAGUCACCAACAGCGAAAUCAGUAACUCGGUCAUUUGGCAAUUUAACUUCUUGUAUGAUGUCACCAAGGAAAUGUACAACGAAGAACAUUUGUCGAUGCUCGCUCUGACUUCUCAAAUUAACUUUGCCUCGCACAUGAGUCAAGGUAUCCCCCAUUUUGCAUUUGCUGAGUUGAUGAUGGACAGCGGAUUAUUGUUAGAUUCUUCUAUUAAUUGGUUGAGUUACCAUUCAGGCUACGACUUGGGCUUCUUCAUUAGCUUGUUAACUAAUGAUCUCUUGCCCUCCGAUGAGGUUGACUUCUCCUGGUGGGUCGAGAAAUAUUUCCCUAGCUUUUAUGACUUGAAACACAUUGGAACGCAGCUUUUGUCUGGAGGCUCGGGAGGCAAGGUAAAUGCCGCCGCCCUCUCCAACUCCAGUGGUAACAACGAUAACAACGCGAUUGCAUCUGGCCAGGGUCCCGAUGGCACUAAUGGAAACAAUAAUAACAACAAAGCCGCUCCUGGCAGUAAUAAGCCCUCGGUCGAAUAUUUGGCCGAAGAGUUACAUCUCCUUCCAAUCUCGCCAGUCAUUCGUCAGUAUUUCACCUCCACGCCAGGCGGUCCUUUCAAUGGGCAAUCCCAGCCUCAGCAAAUGACUUCCACAUUGCAUGCUUAUUUGUUGAUGGAGUGCUUUAAAGAGCUUUUGAGACAGACUAAUUUCGACCUCGAAGUCUUUGAAAAAUUCAAAGGGUAUAUAUGGGGACUUGGAGUGAAUGGGAAGGCGCCCAAGACUGGGGCAGACUUCGACGAUGCAAGCAAAUCAAAGGCUUGA